AUGAUCCAACCUUAUUUGGUUGAAAAGAUCCACCCUUGUGAGGUUGGUAUGAUCCACCCUAGACAGGUUGGUAUGAUCCACCCUAGACAGGUUGGUAUGAUCCACCCUAGACAGGUUGGUAUGAUCCACCCUAGACAGGUUGGUAUGAUCCACCCUAGACAGGUUGGUAUGAUCCGCCCUAGACAGGUUGGUAUGAUCCACUCUAGACAGGUUGGUAUGAUCCACUCUAGACAGGUUGGUAUGAUCCACUCUAGACAGGUUGGUAUGAUCCACCCUAGACAGGUUGGUAUGAUCCACCCUAGUGAGGUUGGUAUGAUCCACUCUAGACAGGUUGGUAUGAUCCACUCUAGACAGGUUGGUAUGAUCCACCCUAGACAGGUUGGUAUGAUCCACCCUAGACAGGUUGGUAUGAUCCACCCUAGACAGGUUGGUAUGAUCCACUCUAGACAGGUUGGUAUGAUCCACUCUAGACAGGUUGGUAUGAUCCACUCUAGACAGGUUGGUAUGAUCCACUCUAGACAGGUUAGUAUGAUCCACUCUAGACAGGUUGGUAUGAUCCACUCUAGACAGAACGAGUGA